UUAUGAUAAGCAGAGUAAAGGGUGUUUACUUUUGCCAUACUCGGCCUACUGUGAUAAUCAGUUUCAUAUGUAAUCAUUAGUGCGCAUGCUUGACCUGCAUAACUUUCAACUGAAACUUAAAUUUACAUCCUACAUUUCCAUUAUUCUGCGAUGGUGAUGACAGCUUGCGGACAGCGGCCGUUGGCGGACGCUCCAGGAGGGUCACGUGUUGUUGGAGGGCGCAAUGCACCUUUGGGUGCAUGGCCUUGGCAGGUCAGCGUGCAGGUGAGGUCCUGGCACCUCUGUGGCGGGACCAUCCUCAACAGCCACUGGGUGCUCACCGCUGCACACUGCUUCACUAUCGUUCCACCCCAUAGGAUGUCCAGUCUGCGCGUGGUGGCAGGACUCAACGUGCUAACAGAACCAGGGCGGUACUCCCAGCGCCGCUAUGUUGUGGAGGUCAGAGCCCAUGAGAAGUUCCACCACCCCAGCUACUCCAACGACAUAGCUCUUAUGCGUCUCAGCUCUCCACUGGAGUACACAGACUUUGUCCAGCCUGUCUGUACAGUGGAAGACGAGAUGGAGGAGUUCAACUUAAACCUCAACCAGUGUUUCAUCAGUGGUUGGGGCAGCACUUCUUUCAAAGGAAAGCCAAUGGACACACUGCAAGAAGCUGAGGUGGAGCUGUUUGAGCAAAAUACUUGUAACCGGAUCGACUGGUACAACGGUUACAUCAAGAAUGGCAUGAUCUGUGCUGGCUCUGAGACCGGGGUGGUCGACACAUGUCAGGGAGACAGUGGAGGCCCACUCCAGUGCUUCAGUGAGGAUCAGGAAAAAUUCUACAUUGUUGGCGUGACAAGUUUUGGGGAUGCCUGCGGAUUGCCUAAAAGACCCGGAGUGUAUACUAGGGCCAGCAAGUACUCAGCCUGGCUGAAGACAACUCAGUCAAGAUCCCUGUCAGCCGUCUGUCAGCUAGAUAACGGUUUCAUCUUAAUCCUGUCCAUCUCAUGGAUGGUCAUUACAUUUUGGUGACUUUACGUUGUCAAUAGUUUUCUGUCACUUCUCAGGAGUAGCCUAAAUAAACCAUAUUAUUUAAAGGCUCCGUAGGAUAUAUUUGAUGGGUCAUUUAAACAAUUUAAUGAUUUUUGAAGGAUAAACCUGUGAAAUGCCAUAAGGCCAUUGUUUCCACUGUCUUACUUUAUCAUAGUAGCCCAUAAAAACAUUAUCWAGGCCUUAAGGAACAUGAAAUUAAAUGUUGUAGCAUACUACUAAUUUCUUGAAAGAAUUGUAUACUAUUAUAUUCCUUAGGCCUACUAGCCUACUUAUAUAGGCAACCUUUUAGUCUCACCUCACAAUUGGCAAAAAUGUCAAGUUCAACCACCAACCACGCCAAUUAGAGUGUUAGGGGUGGCACCCCUCUUGUGAU